CUGUAAUAAUAAUAAUAAUAACAAUAACAGAACAUCUCUUUCCUUACGCGAAACGCUACCGUCUCUGUCCCUCUCCACUCUCCACUCUCCUCUCUCCUCUCUCUGUCGUCCGUUAACUCGCCAGUCAAUUGGUUGGAUUCUCUCUCCCCACGAGCUCAUGCUUGUUUAGGUCAAUGCAAACCCUAAUACUCCACCGGUGAACUACAAUGGCGAUCGUCCGUUCACUUGAAUUGGGACUUCAGUUAGAUGCCAGACCAUGCAGAUUAUCUUGGUCUUUUUGUUGGUUCAACUUGGAAAUGUUGUUCCUUUUUAAGUAAUUGCAUUUGCAGCUUAAUUUCAAGAUCCUGCAAAGAACUGGUUGGCUUCCCUUUGAAGAAUUCUCUUACAAAGUUUGCUGAAGAAAGGGAAACUAAUUUUAUUAAAGUUAGGGAGACUGACCAUUCAACUUUGAUGGCUUCAGUGGAGCCUAUAGAUAUCAGUUCUGAUAGCGAUGUGGUGAUUGAAGAUGAUUCUGACUUUGAUGAGUCACCUGUAAGGAGAUCUACUGACUCAAGGAUUCUUCCAUCUUGGGCUUCUUCAUCUGGCACAAACUCAAGGAGUUAUGGUGGGCAGACUCAAAGUACGCACAACAACGGAGUAUAUGCUUCUAAUGGGAGCUCGUCAGAUGUGAAUGAGCUUUCAAAAAUGAGACGCCAGCUUCAACCGAGUUCAAGUGAAGGCAUUAGAACCUCAAAUCGGGUUACUACUAAAGCAGAUGAUUCUCUGUAUUACAUGGGGAAUGAGAAUGUGGGUCAGACUCGGACUGUUAAUUCCAGAAUUGCUAAUGUUUCUGGUACAGAUUAUGAGAAAAUUUCAUCUCAACAGGCUUUGAAGAGGACCCUUCCAGCUUCUCUUUACCGCUCCAACAACUUAGCAGAAAGCGCUAGUAGCAGCCAGAUUCAUGAUAUCCAUGGAAAUGCAUACCAUCUGGCAGGGUCAAGUUUAACCAAUGGCAAGGGCUAUAUGAGGGACCAUUAUGGAAGGGGCAAUUAUGAGGAAAUUAUGAUGUAUGAAAGCAAUGGAAGUAGGACACUACCUCCAUCAUUCAUGCAUGGAAAAUCUAUUUCCUCCACACAAUUUGGUUCAAAUGACCACAUGUACCGUCCAGGGGUUGGUGAAGAAAUUGCUACUGGGAAUGAUGAGAGACUGGUUUAUCAAGCAGCAUUGGAGGAUCUGUAUCAACCAAAAGUUGAAGCUACUCUACCUGAUGGUCUGUUGUCUGUGCCUCUUCUGAGACAUCAGAAGAUUGCACUGGCCUGGAUGCUUCAGAAGGAAACAAGAAGUUUGCAUUGUCUAGGUGGAAUUUUAGCUGAUGAUCAGGGCCUUGGCAAAACUGUUUCAAUGAUUGCCCUCAUACAAAUGCAAAUGUCUUCGCAAACAAAAUAUAAGUCAGAAAAUCAAUCUAAGCACAAAACUGAAGCAUUGAAUUUAGAUGACGAUGAUGAGAAUGGCCAUCCUAGCUUGGAGGAAGUCAAGCAGAGUGGAGAAUCUGAUAAUGUUAAAAUAAUUCCAGAAGUUAGUACUUCUUCACGUAGAAAGAGGCCAACUGCUGGUACACUUGUUGUUUGUCCAGCAAGUGUUCUCCGGCAAUGGGCAAGGGAAUUGGAUGAUAAAGUUGCAGAUGAAGCUAAACUUUCUGUCCUUAUUUAUCAUGGAGGCAGUCGCACAAGGGAUCCUGUCGAAUUGGCAAAGUAUGAUGUUGUUUUGACAACAUAUUCAAUUGUAACUAAUGAAGUUCCAAAACAACCUUUAGUUGCUGAGGAUGAGGUAGAUGACAAGGAUGGGGAGAAGCAUGGGUUAUCUUCUGAAUUUUCAAAUAAUAAGAAGAGGAAGAAGACAACUACUGUUAGUAAGAAAAAAAAGAAGGGUAGGAAGGGAAUUGAUAGUUCCUCUAUUGAUUAUGAUUCUGGUCCGCUUGCACGGGUGGGUUGGUUUAGAGUGAUAUUAGAUGAAGCUCAAACAAUAAAAAAUCAUCGAACUCAAGUAGCUAGAGCCUGUUGCAGCCUUCGUGCCAGAACACGGUGGUGCUUAUCUGGAACACCUAUUCAAAAUGCAAUUGAUGAUUUGUAUAGCUACUUCAGGUUUCUCAGAUAUGAUCCUUAUGCUGGGUAUAAAUCUUUUUACACCACAAUAAAGGUUCCAAUAUCUAGAAACUCACUUAAUGGUUACAAGAAGCUACAAGCAGUUCUUAGGGCAAUAAUGCUGCGCCGCACAAAAGGGACAUUAAUUGAUGGGCAGCCUAUAAUUAAUUUACCUCCAAAAACAAUCAGCUUGACGAAGGUAGACUUCUCAACCGAGGAGCGGGCUUUCUAUACCCGGCUAGAAGCUGAUUCGCGUUCUAAGUUCAAGGCUUAUGCUGCUGCUGGCACAGUGAACCAGAAUUAUGCAAACAUUCUUUUAAUGCUUUUGCGACUUCGUCAGGCUUGUGAUCACCCUCUUCUUGUCAAAGGAUUUAAUUCUGAUUCUUUUGGAAAAGUUUCUGCAGAAAUGGCUAAGAGACUCCCUAAUGAUAUGGUCAAUGAUCUAUUGAAUUGCCUGGCAACUUCUUCUGCCAUCUGCAACGUAUGCAAUGAUCCACCUGAGGACCCUCUUGUUACAAUGUGCGGCCAUGUUUUCUGCUAUCAAUGUGUGUCAGAUUACUUGACAGGUGAUGAAAAUACGUGUCCUGCUAGAGGCUGUAAAGAACAACUUGGAUCUGAUGUUGUUUUCUCCGAAGCUACUCUCAGAAACUGCAUGGCUGAUAAUAAUGGUGUGGGUCCCAAGCAUUCUGAAUUUGAAGAAAAAUCAGUGGUCCUGCAGAAUGAUUAUAGCUCGUCAAAAAUUAGAGCUGUUCUUGAGAUUCUGCAGUCUCAUUGUAGAGUAAACAGCCUAAGUCUAGAACUAAAUGGUGUCACAGGAUAUGAUUCAAGCUUGACAGCUGAGGGACCAAUAAAAUCUAUUGUUUUUUCACAGUGGACCAGCAUGUUGGACUUGGUUGAGUUUUCACUUAAUCAGUAUUGCAUACAGUACAGGAGGCUUGAUGGCACAAUGACUUUGUCUGCAAGAGAUAGGGCUGUUAAAGAUUUCAAUGCUGAUCCUGAGGUAACUGUGAUGCUAAUGUCGCUAAAGGCAGGAAAUCUUGGCUUAAACAUGGUUGCUGCAUGUCAUGUUAUCCUUUUGGAUCUUUGGUGGAAUCCAACUACGGAAGAUCAGGCUGUUGACCGAGCACAUAGAAUUGGUCAGACUCGUCCUGUUACUGUAACUCGACUCACUAUUAAGGACACAGUGGAAGAUAGAAUAUUAGCUCUCCAGGAAGAAAAAAGAAAGAUGGUUGCAUCUGCAUUUGGUGAAGAUCCAAGUGGGGGAUCAGCUACUCGACUGACAGUUGAAGAUCUUAAGUAUCUAUUUAUGGGACGCAGUGCUCCAUAGGUUUGUGUUCUAUGGUAUAAAUUUAUGUAGGAUGAGAAACUGCAGUGAGUUAAAAAUGAAUUUUGACCAGUAAAGAAGACAGCAGGGAAUCAGUAGCUGCUGCACUUUUAGGGCCUGAGUAGGUUGUGACUCGGUUUGGAACCAUGGGGGUUGGUAUAUUUUUGGGUGGUAAUUGUUUUAGAUUUCUGAGGCCCGUAAAUGCAUUUUUGUUUCCAAGUGCAGAGCGAAGCAAGAUAAAACCACCUGUAAAUAUUCUUAAUUAUUCUCUAGUAUAUAUAUCAAAGUGAUAGUUUCUAGUCCAUGAUUCUUGUACUUGUGUUGUGACUUGUGAGUGUCGAGUAAUGUGCAUGGCAAAAUUUCAUGCUUUGUUGUGAUGUUGGGAUUUGGAGAUAAAAGAACGAAAGCCCUAUUUGGCCCUGAGGUUGGUAGCUGCAUGUUUAUUCUGGAACAGUAUUGUUUUCUGCUGCUGAAGAACUUGUCUAAGUGGGAAUGCGAACAUGGCUACAAUGAGCUGGGCCAAAUGGGCAUGAAGGCUAGCUGUGCAGAACUCAGCUGACGGUGUCGACCAAGUCGAAGGCACAUUUGCCACUUUACAAUAGUUUUACAUGUGUAUGUAGUAUAUACUAUAUAAUAAUCAACAAGGAGAUGCCCACCGUUUUUGUGAAAGUUAACGUGGGCCAGGAGAAGUGCCCCCGGUGGAUCAGAUGAUGAGAUGACUGGAACAGGAUCAACUUUCUAUGCAUAUGGGAGUCUUCUUGUUCUUUUCUUUUUUGGCUUUUUACAUGGAUCUUCUGUGGUUUGUCACAGGCCAAAUACUAGAUAUGUAGGUCAAAUAUUGUUGAUGUGUUAUUUUUUCUUUGAUAGUUUCUCUA